AUGAAUGCCUUUCUCUUUAUUUUCGUGUCAAAGAAGGAGAUUCCAGCGGCUGAAGGAGCUGAGAGGCUCCCGCGCGUCGCCAGGCGAACUUGGGCUGAAUUGGCCGCGUGCUGGCGGGUCUUCUUCGCCCGCAGCAGCAGCCUGCAGCAGCAGCAGCAGCAGCAGCAGCAGCAGCACAACGGCGACCCGCCGUUUCGCCGCUGCUUCCUCGGCAACUAG